AUGUGUUUCAUAGGCUUGGCAGUCCUGGCAGUCGGGGCGUACGUGAUUGGCCCACUUUUAUUUAAAAGCCACGGUGUUUUACUGCUGAUGGAAGGAUCUUUUGUGCGCAAACAAAGCCAUCUGGCAAGGCGCAGAGCCAACCCAGCUCGAAGACACAGCGUUUUUUCGCACGCCUCCCACACAGCGGACGCCCAGGAAAAAGUGCAUCCGAAAAGUAGCGCCAAAUCCUUUAAUAAAAGCGAAAGCAACAAAAAGCUGAAGCCUUUUCACUUGGGCGAGAAGUCGAACAAAGAAAAAAACGUUGAAAUAAAGAAGGAGUUUAACCAGAACAAAGCCACAGGGAGGCUCAUGGCGCUCUUCAUGAGCAUAUUUGUGAGCAGGUGGUUUGAGAUACUUGUGGACAUCCUCGUUCUGACAGCGAUACUGAUCCCUGAGAACUGCGAGUUUGCAGGCAUUGUGUACAGCGCAUGGAAGAGCCGGAAAAGCGAGCGGUUUGACUAUUCUGCGCACACCGCAGGGGAGCUCUUUAACAUGGCAUGCCCGUUUCUGGAGGGCGCCGUCUGCUUGGCCCACUCCAUUCUGUUUGUGCUGGAGUCCUUUGUGGGCGUAGAAAUACCAAACGGCCUCCUUGUCUGCAUUCUGGCCUCGCACAUAACAUGCGCUCUGAUUGUUUUCCGGGUUGAGUUUUUAGACGGAGAAAAGACCCCGCGCCAUCACGCAGCAGCUAGAUAUGCGGUGGAGGGGGCGGUUUUGGCCUUGUCCAUUUUUAUUACAGUUGCAUACUGCAAAACACACUUGAAGUACCAGUCGCUUAUUCUCAUAGCCACAAUCAUGGCCCAGUAUCUGUGCAGGACCCUUACCCGCAUAACCAAAGCCUCGCACAACCGCAUCCGGAAAAAGCUCAACCAAGCAAGCACCCGCAUUUUCCUGUUUUUUGCCUUUUUUAUUUUGUGCAUGCUUCUGGGCCUUUCUAUAUAA